AUGUCUAAGAGAAGAAAGAAUAGUUCAUCUUCAUCGUCAUCAUCAUCUUCAUCUUCAUCUCCUGAGAAAAAGAUCUAUGUUAACCAAUGCGACAAAUACAAGGAAGAAAGAUAAUCUGAAAUAAGGAUACAUUUUUAUUUCAAGGAUUUGUACAUUGGAGGAUUGAAAGAAGAUGAAUUUUUAUUUUAUUUACAUGGACGCAUAUAAAAGGCUGUAAGAAUCUCUCUUUCUAAAAGAGGGUCCAUGCGAUUUGUUACAAAUAAGUUCAAUAAAUAAGCAAACACAAACAAUUGAUGUAGCAGUGGGAUUCAAAUAUGAUGAAGAUGCACUAAAAGUUUAUUAAGGGAAAGUUUCCGUUAAAACAAAAGAUAAGCUUACUCCCAUCUUAUCUAAAGUGUAUACUGAAAUGUUGAAAGAACAAGGAUUUAUGAUGAAAGAAUAAUCAAAUGAUUUUCGUAAGUCUCAGUAGAAAGAAUUAUCUCGUGAAAAAGAGAAGCCUUCAUAAUACGUUCCAACAUAUAAUUGUAUAAAUAUCACCAAUUUAGAUAAUAUAAAAAAGGAAUAGUUAUAUAUUUUUGGGAUUCCAAAAGAAUUUACUUUAGAGGAAUGCAUAUCUGAAAUAAAGUAAAUCUAUGAUUUAGUGGUACGACCUGAAGGAAUAUUUCGAUCUGAAAAGAUUGGAGAUAUUACUUAUGAAUAUUUAGAAUUGCAAGUUGAGAGGAUUCCAUGUCAAUAAAUUUUGAAGAAAUUGCCAUUAGUAUUAAAAAAUAUAUCUCUACUUUGUUUUUAAAAGAAAAAGCGAACAGAUCCUUUUAAUGAAGUUUUGAAACCUUUUUAAGUAAUACUAAAUGGAAAAGUAAAUUUAUCUUAAGUUUAUGUUCAUAUGAAUACAAUAGGAGGUGUGCUAUUUCAUUAAAUUAGGUAAUUAUAUAAAUCUAUAUAAUAUAGUGAAUAAAAGUAUUGUAUAAUGAUGUAAAGUGAAUAAUCUGUGAUUGAUUUAAAAUUACCUUGUAAUUUAGAGAUUUAAAAAGUUUAAUGUUAAGUUACUUAGAAUUCAGAUUUUGUUAUUUAAAUGGGAAGACCUAAUUUAAAUGAAACUACAUAUUAUAAGAUCUAGGAAUUCAAAAAGAAAUAAGAGGAGAUGAAAUUGGCUCGUCUACAUUCUAGUUCAAGUUCUAGUUCUAGUUCCAGUUCAAGCUCAAGUUCUAGAAGCAGAAGUAGAAAUAAAAAGAAGAAGAAACAUCAUCACAAAAAAAAGUAUUGAGG